AUAUAAUGAUCGGUUACACGAUCACACGCAUAACUGUUUGAGGCUCAAGAGACAACUAAAUGUAACAGCGUGGUUUUGUGGCCAUAAUCUAUAUUAUUUAGUUCCCGUAUUGCGCGCGAAGACAAAAGCUUAUAAUCUACAGAAGUUUCGGUUAUUGAUAUAGAUAAAACUAGUUAUUUAAAAAAGGAAAUAAAUGUAACUAUUUCUUCAAAUUGUUUGGACAGGUUUUGAGAUUUCCAACAUUCCAUAAAAAUAACUAUGCAUGCAAUGGUUGUGUUCCCGAUCAGUAAAAGCAGAAGCAGACGUUUCGGCGCCAAAUAUGAUAAACUGCCUUCGACUCCACAAGGAGAGACAACGUCCCUUAUGUCCGACCAAAACCAGAAAUCGGACAAAUCUUGGAUUUCAAGAUGGCGGAAGAAACGCGGGAAAUCCAGUCGUAAAGGAAAAACUGCUCCAACUGAAACCGUUCCUCAAACAGCUUACCAGUCCGUUACGUGUGAUCAUGGCUGUUCUAUAGAGGUAUAUGAUGAAAACCCCAGUCCCUGCCAGACAGUAUAUCAACGAGCAUGUGAAAAGCUACAAGUAGUUCCGUCCAGACAGGUGUUUCACAACCUAUGUUUAACAGAAGUUAUCCUUCCGCACUGUGGCCUCGGAGCCAAAGAAUUGAAGGCCUUAGCAAUUGCUUUAGUUCACAAUAAUUCCGUCCAUACCUUAGAUUUACAUGGUAAUAGUUUUGGUAGUUUAGGGUUUGCCUAUUUAGUUGAAAUGUUACAGGAAAAUCGUUCUAUUAUAGAUCUGAAUGUAUCUGAAUGUAAAUUGGGACAUCAGGGUGUUCAGAUGUUACAAGGAUUACAAGGAAAUACAUCAAUAGUCCGCCUUAAUCUCUCAGAUAACGGCUUUAUGGAGUCAGACGCAUGUUAUGUUGGAGACUUUAUACAAAAAAACAAGAAUUUACGAGAAUUAAAUUUAAGUUAUAACUGUUUACGAGAACUUGGGGGCGUGUUUGUUGGAGGUGCCAUAGCGGUUAAUACGGCUUUAAAAUCAUUGGAUUUAAGCUGGAAUCAUCUUAGAUUAAAAGGAGCAGCUGCUAUUUCACAUGGUCUUAUGGCGAAUAAAAGUUUGACUCGAUUACUACUGUCUUGGAAUGGUUUCGCACUGGAGGGUUCAAUAGAGAUGGGACGAGCCCUGGCUAGAAAUACCACGUUAAUCGAGUUGGACCUGACAUCCAACAGAAUAAAUGUUCCAGCCUUUAGAAAGAUUAUGCAAGGAUUGAUUAAAAAUAAAACAUUACGCAUAUUAAAGAUUGGUACUAAUCCUUUAUCAUCAGAUGGGGCCACAUCUGUCACCAGAUCAUUAUUAGAUAAAAACAAUACAGCUUUAGCACAGUUAGAUUUAUCAGAAGUGGCGGUGGAUAGCAGUUUUCUAGAAUUAGUAGAACGGGUUAAGAAAACAAGAAAAAUUGUUGUGAAAUAUGGAGUUGAGAUACGAACAGAUGAUUUGGCGAGAAUAGACAGACCUAUUGUUAUAGAUAUGGACGACCCUACAACAGUUUUAUUUGAGUACAUGAGGCAGAAGAAUCUACGUUUAAUAGACCUGUUACAUAGCCUCGAUAAAGACAACACUGAGACGCUUUCCAGAGAGGAAUUAAGAAAGGGGCUGUUGUCAGUACAGAUUCCACUUAGUACCCGUUCCAUGGAUUUAAUGAUGAAUCGUCUUGAUUUGAAUAAGGAUGGUCAUGUCGACUUCGAAGAAUUAACUGUUGGGUUAAGGGAUUAUAUCCGUCGAACAACAAAAUGGCGACAACAACGUGGACUUACAGCGGAACCCAUUAUUGGUCGCCUGGAACACCUAAGGGAGAGAAUUCGAUUAAGACGUGAUGCUGGGAGAGCAACAAGAAUUGCCAGUACAGAGUUGUAAUCAGACCCAUGCCAUCCAGUUAAAGAACCUCUUUAAUAUAGACGAUUACUUAUAGUUAUACUAAACAAUUAGCUGAAAAGAUAGAUUUAAACUAUAAAAUACCCAAGUAACUCACAAUUCCAACGUCAAUAACCCUAAUAAUGACUAACCCUAGUAACGCAUCGUUAAAACUUCAGCAGAUAUAGUGUUCCUAUUGGGGUUGUGUUUUUCUGUAUAUAAUAUUGUAAUAUAAGAGAUAUGUAAAAAUGGAUAUAUAAUUUAUUCAUAUUUUUUUUCAGUAUACUGUUGUUGUUUAUCGUUACCAUUUUACACAGACACAAAAAUAUAUUGUUGACACAUAAAAUAAAAUAUGGUUGAAAUAA